AUGAUAUUUAAUUAUCUACCCAUAACAGAUCUUCUAAGAAUUCGUGGAGUAUGUAAACAUUGGCAAAUUCUUGAUCCACUUCCUCGAAAAAUUGUGGGUUUACUUAAUUGUAUUAAACAAAAACUUGCACCCGAUUUACUUAUUCUUUCCACUAAACAUUUUCGUUCUACUUAUGAUCCUUAUAAAUUUCUUGAGAUUAUUUGUGUAUUUAAUGAUAAACGUUAUACAAAUGUAUUUCCAUAUGAAGCAGAAGAUAUUAGUGAAAUUGUAAUUAAAGGAAAUUUUCAUAAUCAUGAAAGUCAUGAAAGGAAUAUUAAGAUCAAACCUGAAUGGUGGGGGUUGAUGUUAGAAGAAGAGAAAAAUUUUAAAAUAGAAAUUAGUGCGAAUACAUUAAUUUGGAAUAAAGGAAAUAAUGAAACCAAAGAUGGAAAGAAGGGAAAAAUUAUUGAAAUUUAUUAA